CAGUGUUAAAAAAAAAAGGAAAAGAAAAAAAUCGAAAGACGCCCUAACAAACGACGCCGGCGAUCUCUUUCUUUCACUUUCUCAGCAAACUUUCCCGAGAAAAUUAUUUUGAUCUUGCUCCUUGAGUUCCAUACGCUCUGUUCGAUUCCAGUUUUAAGCAUUCCGAGAUUGCGAUUUUUGAGCUGCGAACGUAGAUUAGGGUUUUCUCUUGUUCUGUGUAGUUUCGAGAUCGAAGAAGAGAGAUUGCGAUGGAUAAUAAUAACAACAGAGGAAGAUUCCCACCGGGGAUUGGAGCUCCGGAUCCUAAUUUUCAGUCACGGAAUCCGAAUCCGAACCCGAACCCGCCGCCUCAGCAGUUCCUUCACUCGCGGACUCCGUUUCCUCAACAGUAUGUUCAGUCUCGUACUCCCUUGCCGCCGCAGCAGCAACCCGAUGCUCAGCAGUACGUUCAGAGAGGCUACUCACAACAAAACCCUCCUCAGCAGAUCCAGCAGCAGCAGCAGUGGUCUACACGCGCUCAGCUUCCUGGUAAUCCGAGUUACGUAGAUGAAGUCGAGAAGACGGUUCAAUCUGAAGCUAACAACGAUUCUAAUAACCAGGACUGGAAGGCAACGUUAAAGCUCCCACCUCGAGAUAACCGUUACCAGACUGAGGAUGUGACGGCUACUAAAGGAAAUGAGUUUGAGGAUUAUUUUUUGAAGAGAGAUCUGCUAAGGGGGAUAUACGAAAAGGGUUUUGAGAAGCCGUCUCCUAUCCAGGAAGAAAGCAUUCCUAUUGCUUUGACUGGAAGUGAUAUUCUCGCUAGAGCUAAAAACGGGACUGGGAAGACUGGUGCCUUCUGCAUCCCUACCCUUGAGAAGAUAGAUCCUGAGAACAAUGUCAUUCAAGCCGUAAUUCUAGUCCCAACUCGAGAGCUUGCCCUUCAGACAUCACAAGUUUGCAAGGAGCUUUCAAAAUACUUGAAGAUUGAGGUUAUGGUCACCACUGGCGGUACCAGCCUGAGGGAUGAUAUCAUGCGUUUAUAUCAACCUGUCCAUUUACUGGUUGGCACUCCUGGAAGAAUAUUGGAUCUUACCAAAAAGGGUGUGUGCGUUUUGAAAGACUGUGCCAUGCUUGUAAUGGAUGAGGCCGACAAGCUUCUGUCUGCAGAGUUUCAACCUUCUAUAGAGGAGUUGAUACAGUUCUUGCCGCAAAACCGUCAGAUUUUGAUGUUUUCAGCUACGUUUCCCGUCACUGUCAAGUACUUCAAGGAUCGAUAUCUCAGGAAGCCUUACAUAAUCAAUCUCAUGGAUCAGCUGACACUAAUGGGUGUCACACAGUACUAUGCUUUUGUUGAAGAGAGGCAGAAGGUGCACUGCCUUAACACGCUCUUCUCCAAGCUGCAAAUAAACCAGUCCAUUAUCUUUUGCAACUCCGUCAACCGUGUGGAGCUGUUAGCCAAGAAAAUCACAGAACUUGGUUACUCAUGCUUCUAUAUCCAUGCGAAGAUGGCUCAAGACCACCGUAACAGGGUUUUCCAUGAUUUCCGCAAUGGUGCUUGCAGAAACCUUGUUUGCACUGAUUUGUUUACACGUGGGAUUGACAUUCAAGCUGUGAAUGUGGUCAUUAAUUUUGAUUUCCCGAGGACAUCUGAGUCGUAUCUACACAGGGUAGGUAGAUCAGGAAGAUAUGGACACCUUGGGUUGGCCGUGAAUUUGGUAACAUAUGAGGACCGCUUCAAAAUGUACCAAACUGAGCAAGAACUUGGAACCGAAAUCAAGCCAAUUCCGUCACUUAUCGACAAGGCAAUCUACUGUCAGUAACUUCAACUAGCCGGUUGUUUAGAGGAGGCAAAUCAUUCAGCUUUGGCAGUUACAAGCUCGUUCCAGAGAUGAAGGCAACACUCAGAUCACUCUACUGAGGCAAGAAGAAGGCAGUAUUGGAUAAUAGCGAUUGGUUAUAUCUGAACCUUUCAACCAGAGGACUGGUGGUUUGGUUUUGCUUUGAAGAAUUCUUCUGCAUGAUGUGAAUCUUUAAGUUACAUUCUCUCUACUUUCGUUUUCAUAUUCUAAGAAACCUUUUUUACCCUUUUGGGAUUUGGGUGUUUGAUGACUUUUCUUUGGUCUCUUCUGUUUUAAGACAUGAAGCCUAGUUUCCUAGUAGUAAGAUCAAACCGAAGAAGACAAUUUUUCUACA